AUGUCAUCCACGGAUUCAGCGAGCGAGGUCGACGUGUCAGUUCUAAGUGUACCAAAGAAGCGAGCAAAGAAGAAAUCAUUAAGCUCUUCUGAGAAGCACAUGGUGCUUAAUGUGUAUAAAACGGAACUUUUACAUCCAGAGCAGUCGAUGAGUGACAUUGUUUCGAAAACAGCUGCAGCUACAGGUGUUGGACGUUCUUCAGUGCAUCGUGUGAUAAUGCUUAGAGUCGUGAACGAAGAUGCAGAUCUGGGCAAUUUUUGGAGAACUACAUUUUAUAAGUUAUUGAGAGAAAUGAAUUUCAAAUAUGUCCGGCGUGGGCUAAUAGACAGGGAUGACAUCUUUUUAUGGAGGCGGCGUUAUCUUCGAACAAUUAAACGGUUGAGAGAUGAAGGCAGACCCAUUUACUAUUUGGACGAGACGUGGAUGAACGCAGGACAUACCCGAAGUUAUGUCUGGGUAGAUGACACUAUAAAUUCCUCAAAACAAGCGUUUCUGUCCGGGUUAUCCACCGGAAGCAAGGGCCCAUCAGGUAAAGGGAAACGUCUGAUUAUCGCACACAUUGGCAGCAAAGCAGGGUUCGUUGAAGGAUGUUUGUGGACUUUCGAAUCCAAGAAAAGUGGAGAUUAUCAUGAGGAGAAGUGCGCCGAAACCUUCGAGAAGUGGUUUCAAGAUGUUCUUCCUCGGCUUCAGGAAAAUGCAGUUAUUGUUCUUGAUAACGUGCCGUACCAUUCUCGGAGAAAAGAGAAAGUUCCCAAUGCGAAUUCCAAUAAGCAUGAAAUAUCAGAGUGGCUAAAAUCUAAAAACAUCGAUUUCGAAGACGGUAAGUUGAAGAAAGAACUUUUAGAUAUAGUUAUAAAUCACAGAACAGCGCACAACGAAUACGCAAUAGAUGAAAUGGCGAAGAAUGCAGGGAAAACUGUUCUCAGAAUUGCUCCGUACCACUGUGAAUUGAACGCCAUCGAGUUAGUGUGGGCCAGAAUCAAAGGCUAUGUUGCAGCGAAAAACAAAAUAUACAAAAUGCCGGAAGUUAAAGUACUGCUAGAAAAAGCAGUAAGAACAGUGACUGCAGAGGAUUGGAACAAGUUUCUCACAGUCCGCUGUGACAGCUCGGCAGCCAGCCGAACGCCGCCAGCUGGAAAGCGUGCGCCAAGGAUUUUCCACACCCCUACGUAUCACGUGAACACCGAAUGCUUUCUCUAG